GGGGCGCGCCGGCCGUGCGCUCGGGUCUCGGGCGCCGACGGAGCGGCGGGGCGGCGGGGCUGCGCGCGGGCCGGGCUGCCGGGCGGAGAGGGGACGGCGGCCCAGGAGCGCGGAACUUCGCUCCGAGCUCACCAGCCUGGGAGUCCCCGAAUUAGGCGUGAGGGGAAGCGGGGAAGCGAAGACUCCGAGGAGACGUCGAGGGAGGGAAGCGGGAAAGAAAAACUUGGCGGAAGGCGAGGAGAAAGGGGCAGAGGAGUAAGGGACGGGGAAGGUAGAAGCUGGCGAGCGGGCAGUGGCUGGAGGUCGGAAGGAGGGGAAGUCGGAGAGGGGAGGGAGGACGAGAAGCCAAGUCUCCGGGCGAUCGGCGCGGGAAGCGCUCGGUCGGACGAAGCGGUCGCGAUGGGACGCAAAGAGGAUCCCCACGCCGCGGGGGACACGCCAUCCCGACGGCUCCGGGACGACUCCUGAAAGCCGGGCGGGGAGCCGCCUUGCGGGCGCUAGGAAUGGGCCCCUCCCGACGCCGCCGGCCCAGCCCCGCGACCCAGGCUGCGGCUCCGAGGAGCCCGCGCGCGCCCCGCCGCUGCCCGGUUGAGUUUCGCAAGCAGCGCCCGGCGCCCGCGCCAGAAGCCUCCCAGCUCUGCCCAGCCCCGAAUCCUGAUUUUGGGGACCGGCACGAUGGCGUCCCGAGUCACAGCUCACGGCUCUCCCAGCUGGGCUCGGUGUCCCAAGGACCUUACUCCAGCGCCCCGCCGCUGUCCCACACGCCGUCGUCAGAUUUCCAGCCGCCCUACUUCCCGCCCCCCUACCAGCCGCUCCCCUACCACCAGAGCCAGGACCCCUACUCCCACGUCAACGACCCCUACUCCCUGAACCCCCUGCACCAGCCCCAGCAGCACCCCUGGGGGCAACGACAGCGGCAAGAAGUGGGUUCAGAAGCCGGCUCUCUCCUGCCCCAGCCUCGGGCCGCCCUGCCCCAGCUCUCGGGCCUCGACCCCCGGAGGGACUACCACUCGGUCCGCCGGCCGGACGUGCUCCUGCACUCAGCGCACCACGGCCUGGACGCGGGCAUGGGUGACAGCCUCUCGCUGCACGGUCUCGGCCACCCCGGGAUGGAAGACGUCCAGUCAGUUGAAGAUGCCAAUAACAGCGGCAUGAAUCUAUUGGACCAGUCUGUCAUAAAAAAAGUUCCGGUUCCUCCCAAAUCUGUGACUUCUCUGAUGAUGAAUAAGGAUGGCUUCCUGGGAGGCAUGUCUGUCAACACCGGUGAGGUGUUUUGCUCGGUCCCCGGCCGUUUGUCUCUGCUCAGUUCAACUUCAAAAUACAAAGUAACUGUGGGGGAAGUUCAGAGACGGCUGUCGCCCCCCGAAUGCCUCAAUGCGUCUCUCCUCGGCGGCGUCCUCAGAAGAGCCAAAUCGAAAAAUGGGGGGAGAUCUUUGCGAGAAAGGCUAGAAAAAAUCGGUUUGAAUUUACCCGCGGGCAGGCGCAAGGCAGCAAAUGUCACGUUACUCACCUCCCUGGUGGAAGGAGAGGCUGUUCACUUAGCUCGGGAUUUUGGGUACAUUUGCGAAACGGAGUUUCCCGCCAAAGCUGUUUCUGAGUAUUUGAACCGGCAGCACACGGACCCCAGUGACCUGCACUCCCGGAAGAAUAUGCUGCUGGCCACCAAGCAACUUUGUAAAGAAUUUACGGAUCUGUUGGCUCAGGACCGGACGCCGAUCGGAAACAGCCGGCCCAGCCCCAUCCUGGAGCCGGGGAUCCAGAGCUGCCUCACGCACUUCAGCCUCAUCACGCACGGCUUCGGCGCCCCGGCCAUUUGCGCCGCGCUCACGGCCCUGCAGAACUAUCUCACCGAGGCGCUCAAAGGCAUGGACAAGAUGUUCUUGAACAACACCACCACUAACAGGCACACGUCUGGGGAAGGCCCAGCUUUGCCCGCAUGGUUUAUGAGCUUCUUCAAAGAGGACUUGGGCUUCCUACACAAUCUAUAAGGUACAGAGAAAAAAAAAAUUCCGAUCCCUUUUUAAUCAAAGCCUGUGUGUCAGAAUUCUGCAGGUGCACUUCUUUAAAGAAGCUCAAAGGGAAUAAUUUAGAAAGUGGCCAAUAAGAGAUUGAAGCAGCUUUGAGUCUAGUUGCUAACAGAUACCUCAACACAGAAUUCCGGGGAAGUGGGGAGCUGCUAAAUGAAUUUUAGGGGAGAGGAGUAAGUGUUCUUGGAGCCCAGUAUUUUAACAUUAUUGCCUUGCCUUUAAAACGGAUUCCAUUUCCUUGGGCUCUUUGGCGAUUGUGGGGAAAGCAGCAGCUUUGCUAGUGGUCGAGUGGUCGUGGGGAGGGGGUUAGUGCAAGCUCCCGUGUUUCAGCAACAAUUGCUUUCUUACAAGAUGCUUUAUGAAUGAGGCGUUUUUUCCCCCUCCCAGACGUGCACUUGUUUUGGGCAAUAAUGGUAAAAUAAUGCAAAGUGAAAGGAGAUGUAUUUCAGCUUUGAAUGUUACUGUCUGGAUACACUGGGACUAUUCCCAGUGGAUAAAGUUUCAUACAUUUAAUAUCUCUCACUUCUGGCAGCCCUGCUCCUUUCUUGGGCUUCACCUGAGCAUUAUCUUGAAAUAAGAUCUGAAACCCAUUGUUCUCACCGUCCCCAAAGCAGUGGGAAAUCCCCAAGGGCGAAGGAGUGGAUGACCUAGGUCUCUAAAUAGAGUGUGCAUGAACGCAUCUCUUUAAACAAAGUAGGCAUUAGGACCUUUGCAGCAUCCCUUGAAGAUAAAGAUCCAGAGGUUUGUUCUGCAGGAUUUACAGUUAGGACCCACGGGGACUCUCAGGUCUGCCGCCCCAUGGGCCUUGGCCUGGGGAGGAGGGAGGUUAGAGGGUCGGAUUUAGGAACCUGCUGAGUUUUGCACUGACAUUUUAAUGGGGGGGGGGGAGUUAGGGAGCUGGUUUCAGGCCACCAGGAGGGCCCAAGCAAUGGCUGAUGUCAGACCCCAGCCCAUCCACGGCAGCUUCUUUGGGGGCCUCUGGGUGUGCAGGGCUCAGCCAUAGAUGAGUUGAUAGGAGUGCAAAGGCCGGGAACUAGACCUCAGGGAGCGUGUAGACACUCCAUCUCUUCCCAGCUCAGAAGCCUGCGCCUUUGUCCGAGGGCCUGGCCGCUUGCAUUAGACGUAUUCUGAUUGCCAAAGGCCGGGAGAAACCGCACUGAAAACCAUCGUCUCCUUUCCUUGCAGGGCAACGCGCCCCACGCGUGUGACGUGCGAGAGACGCGAUGGACGCGCCUUGCUCUUACUGUGCAGGUCCCGAGAGCGUGGGGGCCACUCGCGCCCAGUCGUGUUGAGGACAUAGAAUCAGCCGCUGGAGGGGCCGCGGGCCGCGCGGGCCCUUCCCGCUCUCGGUCUCACCCUAAGGGCUAAGGCGACCGAGAAAGCCCGGUGCUCCAGUAGGUAAUGGGGCGGCGCCCCGCGGGCUGCAGGCGGGAGGGGUCUCAGCGCUGCCCGAGCCCCUUGCUGCCAGCGGCCGCCCCGGGCGCCAGCUUCCCGAGGGCGAGUGGCCUAGAAAUGUCCAGGUGAUCGGAAGCUUCCCCCGCCUUUGCCGGUACGCAAUCUCUCCACCCUCAGGCUCCCAAAGGCGGGUGAUGGGGUAGGAAUUGUCUUACUGGGCUACGCAGGCUCCUUCGUCGCCCUUCGCCCUCCUCCGUGCGUUCCCUUGGCGCCCGGGCUGAGCAGAGCGCUUAGCACCUCUCCCCCGCACCCCGCCUCCACGCAACGUGGAGAGAACCCACUGCCCCCUCUCCCUCCCUCACUUCUCCUUUCCUGUACGACCCCCACCUCCUUGCUUUCGUUAGCCAGGCCUGCUACGUUUAUCUGAUAAUUGAGUUAUUAAAAGAUUUGGUUUCCUUGGGCCCAUAAAUCAAUAAACAGUGGGAUUAACUCAAGAGUUUGCCUUUUAAGUCAAGGGAAACGUUUAAAGCAAGCCCCUUUGAGUCUUGUUUUCAAACUAAACAGGUGAGUUGCAGCUCUCCCCCACCCCCACCCCCACCCCCCUCACUCUUAAGACACUGUAUCCAAGCCGCGUGCCCCCUCCUAAGUGCCCGGUCCCAAACCAAGAGAGCUAAAGGUAGAAAGCAAGAGUCAGGACGUGGCAACGUUGCCCUCACACUUUCCACUUUGCAAGUUCCUUUGGAGGUUCUAAAGGUCUCCUGACCAUUCUGUGUCCAGUCCUGCCUUCUCUUACACAUAUUGUGGCUCUCCUGGAAGCAAAGGAGAGAGAAAAAAAGGGCUGUUCUGGGCGAGGAUUCUCCCCUAGUUAGCUUGCUUUUUUUUUUUUUUUUUUCCUUCUCUCUGGCACCACAUCCUUAGCUUUCUCCACCCCUACAUAAAGAACUGAAGAACCUUUCAAAGACCUGGCUGUUUUAUUUUCUUUGGCCAAGGAAGCCACUUUCUCUCAAGCAACUAUUUUAUAUCCUAUGAAAACUUCGGUCGAAUGGAAAACCUGAAAUACCCCGAACUUAUCUACACACUGUUCCUCCGGUACAAAGCCUUACUUAAAAGGGCAACUCGUUCCUACUUAGAGUGUUUAUAGGGAGUUUGUCCUCACAUCUGAUAUCCUGUAUGCGUAAUACAUUCUGUGGAAAGGAAAUAACCUUAAACCAUCUGAUGUUGCCUCAAGAGCCCAAACAGUGUUUCCCCUCCUGUGCCGAUGUAUGUUAAAUGAUCAGGUUAAAAAAAAAAAAAACAAAAUUCGUUUUGUUUUCUUUUAAAAAGUAGAAUGAACACUAUUCUUUUUUUUAACACUAUUCUUCUUGAAAUGCCAAAAUCGACUCCUCUGUUGAGUUGGUCUCUAAUUCACUAACAUCGUUUUUGACACACAAUCGAGAAAUAUCAAUCUAUUGACUCUUCACGAGAAGAGCUCUGGAGGGUAUCCAUGUUAAGUUUGUAUAUAUUUAUUUAUGCUUAAUUUAAUGGGAAUGUGUAAAUAUGGCGAGCAGGUAGUUUGGGAUUAUUUAUCUGUGAAUCUAUACCUCUGUGAAUGGGUGGUUAAAAAAAAAAACAAACCGCUUGACCCUAGGUAGAAUCCUAUCUGAAUUUUUCUGUUCUUUAUAGACAAGCUGUUAUGGUAAUGGGUAGAAAUUGGUUUAUUGUCCAGUGUUGACCUGAUUUACAUAAAUAAAAAGAUUGUUGUGUUUUUGUUGUGUUUUCAUCUUCAGUUUCUUGAGUAUAGAUAUUGUUUAAUUCUACAGACAGAAAAAAAUUAUAGCCAAGAAUUUUUCUUUUUGUCCCCCCCCAAUCAUUGAAACACAGGCAGUGUUUUCCUUACAAUAAAUACAAUAAAUUUU